AGGAAGUAUAGUGGUAGGUGGAGGUUGGUCUAGUAAUGAGGAUCCUAAUUACCCUGGACAAAUCCCAACCAAAUCAGUUGAGACAUAUAGCGUGCUUGAUGAUGUUUGGACUGAAUCUGUACCACUGAGACACAGAAGAACAUUGUUUGGCUUUACCAGUCUUAAUGGAACCUUAGCAGCUCUUGGUGGAUGGGAGGGGGAUUUCCUUGAUACAAUAGAGUUAUUUGAUGCAGAAUCACAGGGAUGGGAGUAUGCUCCUGGUUAUUUAGCGCAGAAAAAGUCGGCUUUCGCAAUGGUGGAAACUAGUUCAUUUUUCCAAGAUGUAGAGUGCACGGACUGAGAAGAAAUUAAAUUUUUGUUUUAUGAUUGAAACCAUAUAAUUUAUGUGGAAUAAGAUUUUAAGAAAUGAAACUUGAGAACAUGCCACUUCAUUUAAUUUUACAAAAAUAAAAAUAAACUUUUAGAUCAUG